GGUUGCUAUGACAACCUGUGUGUGUGGUUGUUCCAAGGCACUCCCUGUUCCCGUGGUAACAGAGUAGCGCAGAAAAUCCCAUAUCAGCAGUUCCAACAUGGCGUCUCCUCGCUGUCAGUGGACGUGGAACCCGGUGGCCCAGAAUGACUUGUUUGCCCGCGCCUUUCACACCUGCACGGCUAUAAGGGACAAGCUGUAUAUUUAUGGGGGGGUAAAGUCUGGGGAGCCCAAGGAACCCCCCCUUGGGGACAUGGUGCUGUUGGACCCAGAGCAGGAGCUGGCACAGGCGGUGUCAGUAGAGAGUGGAUUUAGGAGGAGCCACCAUGACGGGGCCCUAUUGGGGGACAGGUGGCUGUGUGUGGCCGGGGGCUGGGACGGAACCCGCAGGGUCUCUUCUGUUUUCAGCUACGACUCAGUGGAAGGGGAGUGGGCACUGUGGGCGGAAGGGCCAACUAACAACCCCCCGGUGGGGCUCAGCAGCCAUACCUGCACCAAGAUCAGCGACUAUGAGCUCCGCGUGAUUGGCCGGGAGGGAGGGUCACGCACCCAGAGACGAUACGCCAGCGUGUACUCCCUGCGGGUCAACCCCAGCACCAGAACCUACUGGUACAAGGAGGAGGUAUCACGCACGGCGUCCCGCUCGGGCCACUCCGCCACAUUGCUGCCGACUGACACAAAGCAAGGGAAGAAAGGCGGCUACUCGCUCUACGUGUUUGGAGGCCGGGACUCCGCCGCCAUUGACAUCGCAGGGGAGUGGAGCAAGGAGAAGAUACACGUGAGUGCAACCCCCUGCCCGCGGCUGACAGAACAACUCGCCCGACUCGUCGCUACAGAGGGAGCCGCCCGUUCAGCCCCUAAAAGCCUCCGGCACCAGUCCUGCGCUGUGAUUGGGCCGUUCCUGGUCGUCUAUGGGGGGGAGACACUGACCAAGAGCAGAGACGCAGUCUGCAACGACCUCUAUAUCUACGACACGCGAACUUCCCCUCGGUGCUGGUCCCACUUCCCCGGAUCAGAACGCCAGCACAAGCGAGUGGGUCACCGGAUUUGCCUGCUCAACGACCGGCUCUACCUGGUGGGGGGCUUUGGGGCGGAUGGGAAAACUCCCUGCCCAGAAAUCUGCACCCUGGACAUUCCGUGACUGCACCCAGACUGGCGAGCCUCACACUGUACCCACAGAGCCCCAGACUGUACCCACAGAGGCUUAUGGGAAAUGCGGCAAGAGGGGCGGUGCUACAGGGGAUCGCCGGGGAAGUCUCUGUACCAUCUGGGUUUGCACUAAAGCAAUAUAAAAACCAAACCAUUCCA